AUGCUUCCGGUGGAUUUCGUGGACGUAACGGGGCCCAAGAUCAUGACUGUUGCAAUCUCGGAAAGCCUGGGUCAGUUGCUAGGCAGGACUGUCGAUGAUCGCGAUUUUUCCGGCAUCAAACAACCCAAGUUACUUGGUGAUGUCCUGAUUAUUCCAGGGAAUUCCUUCGCUGCACGCCAGAAUGGAUAUCCGACGGACCAAGAGACACUCUUGUGA